CGGCACCGUAGAUUUGGCUAGUGCAGAGUGCAUAAAUUCAGCUCAUGGCGCUCUCUUUUGAUAGUAAACUCGGUGUAUUUCGUCUCCGAGAUUCCUGUGGUCGUUACAAAACACAAUUGUAUCGUUUUUAAUUUGCGCAUGAUUGCCUAUCAUUCACACCCAGACUAGGCCCUGGCAAGGCCCGCAAGCAACCAGCAUAUGUUCUUCCUUCGAAAUGCCGCAUCUGUUGAUAAAGGAGAACGAAAUCUCGAGCUAUGAGUCUGGGUACUUGCAUGUCGGCCUUUUGUUAUACGUGAUUUGUCGUGGUUAUGCUAACACGAACUAGGAGUGUGGAUCUGUCGACGUUCGUAUUUACCUGAUUUAGUUAUUCUCAGAUAUAUUGGCUCGUUUUGACCAAACACGGUAAAUGAUGCGUUUUGUCCUGGUUGGUGCAAUCCGAUUUCUUUGUGACGUCCCUACCCUAAACCCCUACCGAAACGGUUUUAAAUGUCAACUUGGAAUGUGUAGGGACGUAGCAGGGAUCCCGCAUAGCAAUAUUGACCAUAUUGCCAUGAAGAUACAAUAGUCUGAUUUGUGGCCUGCAAUUCGUGCUUGUUUUCAUUCCUGCAUCUGCAGGAACAUCCCCCUGUCCAGCAUGCCAGGCGCGGAAGAAGGACAUUAACUACCCGGUGUCUCUCCCACCUGCUGUUUAACGGAUUCCCAGCACAGUGUCCAUUGCUUACACCUGCAGAACACUUGUCCUCGACUUUAACAGAACUGCUGGAAAGCGGUGCCCGACAGGCAGGGGAAAAGGACACUGUCUACCAGUGUCCUAACUACCUAUCCCACCUGCUGUGUACCGGAAUCCUAACUAGGGAGCACACCGUUUCUUUCGCUCCAGCCUGCCGAACACCUGUCCUCGCAGUCAUUAACAGACCCGCAAUAAAGGGGUGUCCGACAGGCAGGGGCGAAGGACACCAUUGCCGCCCCCACCCCUUCUUAUAUAGUUGUAUUUGUUAGUUUGCGUCCAACAUUAUGUUAAUUACCGCCACCUAGUUUACUGGAGCGCCCCCGCCUUUUGCCUGUGUACCGGAGUCCUAUCUUAAAUUGACCAGUAGAAGUAUAAAGAGCGGUUGCAUCAUUUCUGGGGGAAAACAUGUUUACUGUUGCCUUGCUUUCCGGUUGUUUUGAAAUGGCAAUACAUCACUUCAUGCUAGUUAGCCAGCUAGCUAAUUGGCUAAUAGCACAGAUUAAAUAAUAAUCUUUGUUAAUGGCUUGUUGUAGCUAGCUAAAUCUGAACUCGCACACCUGAUUCACCUUGGCGCAAGAAAGAGGAUUUCAACACCUACCAUCUCAGAUUAUUCUGACAUUGUUUCUGUGGUUCGAAACUGAUAGGGAAUGGCAACGAGGAGAUGGGCAGCAGCUGCCCUGGCAGUGCUGGGUCUCGCUAUGUGUUGGCCCUGCUCUACUGGGGACACUGGUCCAGAGUGCACUCGUGUCACUGGGGAGACUGGUAAAAGUGGCAGUGAGUUUCUGUCCACUAUCGACACCCAGAUGGCAGAGCAGACCCAGCGGCAGCACCUGGAAGCUCUCUUCGACAGGUACGGGGAGAAUGGCACCAUUUCGCUGGCAGGCAUGAAGCGGCUGUUGGAAAACGUGGGACUCGACCGAAUACGAAAGGUCAUGGUGCAACACCAUGAACAACCGGACGACGGAGCGGAGGGGCAUCGGCAUGGACACCACAACCACCACCGUAACCACCAACACGAGGACGACCACAAUGGCACACACCGUCAAAAGCACUCCCACCGCCCCCCCGUUGAGCCCAAAAAGGUUCCCGAGACCCCCAAGGUGCCCAAAGUAGAUGACCCUGUCCUGGGGAAGAAAGUGGAGAAUUCGGAUGCCCACCAUAACCUCUAUGUGAAGAAAACCACCGCAGCGCAGGAGAUCAGCACCACCACUGAGGCAGUGCGCAGUCGGCGGGAAGCCCCCACUGCUGGUCUGACCACUGUCAUACUGGUCAGCAACUCUCUGGGGGCUGAGAACCAAACGCAGCCACCCAUGGUCAGGCAGGAGGGCUCGGACAAUCAGCACUUAUAUGAUCACGAUCAUGACCAUAAUGAUCACAACCAUGAUCAUGAACACAGUCAUGAAGACCACAGCCAUGGUCAGGACAGCCUCCACAACCAGAGCCAAGAUCACAUACAGAAGAAAGCAGAGUGUUUGAAUGCCUCCAGUAUCCUGUCGUCCCAUGGAAUGGCCAAAGGGCCCCUGUCUCUCAGUGACUUCAGCUACCUCUGUCCUGCCCUUCUCAACCAGAUCGAUGCCAAGUCCUGCAUACUGCACGGCAACCAAACACCCCAGCAUGUCAACAAAGUUCACAAGCAUAAUAAUCCCCAUCACCAUGGUCAUCACAACCAUGAUCACGAGGACCAUCAAGUGAAUGAAAACAACAAGAAAGUAGGCUCAAUUCAAGCAGCGUGGGCCGGCGGCUUUGUCUCCAUCACCAUCAUCAGCCUGCUGUCCUUGGCUGGCGUGGUGCUCAUCCCGUUGAUGAACCGAGUCUUCUUCAAGUUCCUGCUCAGCUUCCUGGUGGCGCUGGCUGUGGGCACGCUGAGCGGAGACGCCUUCCUGCACCUCAUACCCCACUCUCAGGGGGGCCACCACCAUCAGCACUCUGUGAACAAGACAUCAGGGCACGGUCUCCACGGGGAGGAGGAAGAUGACCAUAACCUGGACGGGGUGUGGAAGGGGUUGACGGCCCUGGGCGGAGUCUACUUCAUGUUCCUCAUCGAGCACUUCCUCACACUGGGCAAAAUGUACAAGGACAAACAGAAGGUGAAGAAAUAUGACCAGAAUGAUGACAAGGUGGAUCCUGAGAAACUACCGGGCCUGGAGGAGAAUGACCUAAAGCCAAUUGAAGAUGUGAAUACUAAUGGAGGUGGCAACUUCGGCGACCACCACAACGAUGGGCUCCACCGGGUCAGCGAGGAGGAGGAGGUAAUGCUGGCGCCCGCCACCUCACCCGAGGGCUAUGCCUCCAUGUCGGGCUCGGCUGCUGCCACCUACACAGCAGGGGACUGUGAGAACAAGUGCCACUCCCACUUCCACGACACGGUGGGCGAGGCAGACAACCUGCACCACCACCACCACGAAUACCAUCACAUCCUGCACCACCACCACUCUCAGAACCACCAUCCACACAGCCACUCGCAUUCGUAUUCGGAACAGCACUUCCAGCAGGCGGGUGUGGCCACGCUGGCCUGGAUGGUUAUCAUGGGCGACGGGCUGCACAACUUCAGUGACGGCCUGGCCAUCGGGGCGGCGUUCACGGAAGGGCUGUCCAGUGGCCUCAGUACGUCGGUAGCCGUGUUCUGCCAUGAACUGCCUCACGAGCUGGGUGACUUCGCUGUGCUGUUGAAGGCUGGCAUGACAGUGCGACAGGCCAUUCUCUACAACAUGCUGUCUGCCAUGAUGGCGUACCUGGGCAUGAUCACGGGCAUCCUCAUUGGGCACUACGCUGACAACAUCUGCAUGUGGAUCUUCGCCCUCACCGCCGGGCUCUUCAUGUAUGUUGCCCUGGUGGACAUGGUCCCGGAGAUGCUCCACAACGAUGCUGGGGACCACGGCUUCAGCCACUGCGGCUUCUUCCUGCUCCAGAACGCAGGCAUCCUGUUGGGCUUCUGCAUCAUGCUGCUCAUCGCAAUCUUUGAACACAAAAUCCAGCUGGAAAUAGACCUCUAAACUGAUGGAUCUCAAACCUGGUCUCCAAGGACCCCUGUGUUUGCAGGUUUGAAUCCAAACCGAACUUGGUACUGGGAGAAGGAAUAGAUUAAUCGAACAUGGUUAGUUGAUUAGAACAGAAUGUAGCCUUAAGUUUGAUGUUAAGCCCACAUUCACAGGCAUCCUUGGAAAACCAGCAGUGUUAAGAAACACUCCUCAGACUGACAGGACCAAGCGCCGUGUGUCUCACCUGCCGAGUGGCCACAUCGAGUCAGCCAUUACUGUGUCUUUCCCUCUCCUCCAAGAAGUGAAAAAGAAAUGAAGUGUGAACAUUUCUUUUUGGUCAAGGUUCACCUGUUGCAAAAUGUCAAUUGGCAUGUAUUCUGUAUGUGUUUUUUUAUGUCUGUCAAACCUUUGUUGCAUAGUUGUCUGUCUUCCCUCAGUGUGCUUCAUGUUUUAUUUCUGGUCAAGAUUUACAGUAAAAAACAAAAUGGAGGACUGUGUUUUGUUGACGGGAUGUUUGGAAAGGACAAGCUUUGUUUGUGGGCGUCAGAACAAGGGCCAAUCCUUUAAAUGUUGUGUUUAUUUAAAAUCCACAAGGGUCAAGUGAAAGCUCAUUGAAAGCUCAUUGAUUGGGCAAAGAGGCGCUCAACUUAGAUCAGUCUUUUGUCUGUUACAUUGUCCACAGAGGAAACUUGGUUGUAAAUGUGUUGGAAAUUAGCCUUGAUUUGCAGAGCUAUUUCAGAGGUACAGUAUCUCACAAAUAACAGUGUUGAGCAUUUUCUCCCAUGAAAGUAGUCUAUUAGAGAAAAAAGGCUCCAUCUCUAACCCUAAGUUUGUUAAUUUAGCCAGUGUCAGUAGGAUAUCCAGUCAUGGGACUAGAUAGAUAGCGAUCGAUCUGAUACAUGAAAAUUCUCUCUUCACUAAGUGAUUAUAGUGGUAACUUCUUUCAAAGGUCCUAUGAUGAAUGUGUGAUCUAUGUCUGUUCAGAAUGAAGCCACUCAAAGUGGUAUGUUUUUAAGUUAUCGUGACGAUCUCAUCUCGCUGUGUUUUGAGAAGAUAACCAAAGGUUUGGUUAGGAAAAAAUGAAUGUUUUCAUCCGUUUCACACACUGUUUAGGAAGAGGUAUAUCAUGAAGAGAACCUGUUUGUGUGCCAUUAUUUUACUGUUGUGUACGUCAGGCAGCUUUGGAUGUAAUAUGUGUUCCUUUUACAUUCCAGAAGAAAAUAAAAGUUAUUGCCUAUCA